AUGGCUGAAGCGGCGUUCCCUCCGCUGUGUCCUCACUCUACAACAUGUGCUUCUGUAGGUUUCAAGGCUGACAAGCUUCUGAUGACAACCUUUGUGUAGAAUCUAAAUUAUAUUACAAUUGCCUGUCUUUUUGUAAUUUAAAACUUUUAGUUUUUGAAAAUGGCCCUGCCUCAUAUUGGACUGUACUCGUUGAUCUUUGGGUACCUGAUGUUCGGGGCUUGGGCCUUCAAAAUGUUCGAAUUCGAAGCCGAACGAGAGCACAGUAGGCAGAAGCUGGACAAGAUCGAAGCCGUCUACAAGACUAUUGAUAAGACUGCCAACUCGGUUUGUGGCAAGAUCAACUCGGCAGAGUUGUACCAUUCACUAUCAAAGUAGGUACUACAAUAUGUUUGGGUACAAUAUUAAUGUGUUUUGUUGCUGUAUAUGACCAAAUGACUGUAGAUUGUCGAGCUACAUGGAAGACAGACCUUUUCUGAUGAAUCCGUAUGCUGAGAAUGAUGCUGACGACCUGCUACCGUCCAAGUGGGACACAAUGUCAUCAAUUUUGUAUGCUCUUUCUAUUCUGGUAAGUUAUCAAAGUUGAAAUUUACAUCUUAAAAUAUUGGUAAAAAUUAUUAAAAUCUAGUUCAUUACAGACUACAACAGGUUACGGUUACGUGAAUCCGACUACUGUAUUGGGGAAGACAUUUUCGAUGGGAUAUGGCUUCAUCGGGAUACCUUUGAUGUUCCUAGCGGCCGUUGACAUUGGCCGAUUUCUGUCACAUGUUGUGUUACACAUCUACAACCAGUUUCAAGUAAUUUAAAAAUAUUUUAAGAACUAACAACCUUAUCUGGACACUUCCUUGGUAUUGUGUUUACUUUGGCAUAAUUUUAUUUUAGGUAAUAUCAUUGGUUUCAUAAAUAUUUUUAUUACAGCAAAGUAAAUUCCGCCUACUUUGGUUUUGUCCCAAGAAGAACGAGGUCAUCUCUCAGGUCGAGACCAAAGCCCUCAAGGUACUAACCCCAAUCAAAAGAAAAUCCUUCAGUCGAAAGUCAUUCAGGAAGAAGAGCAGCAAGAAGGAAGACAAGAACAACAAGAAACGACUGCCCUUAUCAGUAAACGCCUCCAUCUUGUUGUUGUUCUGUAUGUUCGGAGGGUUGGUCUACAUUGCCGCCGGGGGGAAUCAGAAGACUUUCUUUGGUGCCUUUUUCGUCACCUUCAACCUGGUUGCAAACCUAACUAUGGCUGAAAUGCCAACCGACAUUUCCCGAGCUCUUACUGUACUUUACAUUACGGUAUUCGUCACCUUUGGUAAGGAAACUAUAGUGAAAGUUUUAGAAGUUCUUAAGCCAAUCUAAAAUAUUUUAUUUCUUUUUCAAUCACAAUAUCAAAACGAAUUUUCUCAGACGUUCAUGUUAUGAAUAGCAAUGUUAUUUUAUAGGCCUGGCUGUCCUUUCAAUGUGCGCCGAAUUGGCAGCUGGAGAACUAAAGUGGAUAUUCCUCAAGAUUCAUUAUUUCGGCCGCAAAAUAAACUGGAAACGGAAGCAGAAAGAGCAGAAGGAGGAGCAGAUCGACAUCGAGGUGAAGGAGUUGCUCAACAUCAUCAACCAGAUCAAGGCCAAGUACCCGGAGAAGAGAGAGAUCACCUCUGUAGACCUUCUCAGGUACGUUCAAGAGUUAAAUGGGGGAACUCAGAAUAUCACUUUCAAUAUGUUCUUGAAACAACAUCGACGAGACACGAUAGCUUUCAUGCCUCAGAGCAUCGAAGCCUUGAAGUUUGCUGAUGAAAUGGAUCUAGACGACCAGUCGGGGAAGGAAGACCUUGAGGUACCCGAGAAGGAAGACAACAAUCUGUCCCUCAAGUUCUCAACUUGA